GCGCUGCCGUUUCUGUGGCCCCGCCCUCCUGAUGACGUACCACACUUCGCGCAUGCUCACUGUCUCCGGGUGUGCGGUGUAUUCCUUAACGCUCGGUGCUGAAGUCUGCGGGAUCGAGAAAGGCUUCUCGUCUCGUAUAUCCGGGAGCCGGGGCUCUGGAUUACUGUCUCCGGGCUGAAGAUAUCACUUUCCUAAUGUUAGACCUGCAGUGAGAGAUUUAUUGGAAGAAAAACCCCAACUGGAGGAAAACCACGACUGAUGACGAGGGAGCAGCAACAAGUGAACCAACCCGAGGACUGGGAGCAUCAAUCAGAGAGAACCCAACUGACUCGGAGAUUCCAGUGAUUCAGUCAGGAGAAAUUUUGGCUAAAAACAAGGAAUUUAUCUACGGGAAUUUCGAACACAACAUGCCAAUUUUGCUGUCUCUGUCCAGAUAUUUAAGAAGUGGAGCAAGGGAUUCACUCGAUCAUCCUUCCUGCUCAGGCUGUGGGGAGGGAUUCACUUGGUCAUCUGACCGACUGGCAAAGCGGAAAUUUUACACGGGGAGAGGCCGUUCAUUUGCUCAGACUGUGAGAAUGGAUUCAGUGGGUCUUCUCAACUGAAUGUACAUCAGCAAGUUCACACUGGACAAGGCCAUUCACCUGUUCUGUGAGUGAGAAGGGAUUCAGUCGUCUUCCCACCUGUGGACACACCAGUCAGUUCACACUGGGCAGAGGCUGGUCAUCUGCUGAAUUUGUGGGGAAGGAUUCACUCGGUCAUCUGACUUCAUGGAUCACCAGCGAGUUCACACUGAGGAGAGGCCGUUCACCUGCUCGGAAUGUGGGAAGGGAUUCACCUACUCAUCCCAACUGAAGAUACAUCAGCGAAUUCACACUGGAGAGAGGCCAUUCACCUGCUCAGACUGUGGGAAGGGAUUCACACAAUUAGCUGGCCUACAAGCACACCAGUCUGUUCACACUGGGGAGAGGCCGUUCACCUGCUCAGACUGUGGGAAGGGAUUCACUUCGUCAUCUCAACUGAAGGUACAUCAGCGAGUUCACACUGGGGAGAGGCCGUUCAACUGCUCAGACUGUGGAAAGGGAUUCACACAGUUAGCUAACCUACAAGCACACCAGUCAGUUCACACUGGGGAGAGGCCGUUCUCUUGCUUAGACUGUGGGAAGGGAUUCAAUUCAUCAUCUAAACUGAAAGUACAUCAGCUAGUUCACACUGGGGAGAGGCCAUUCACCUGCUCAGACUGUGGGAAGGGAUUCACACAGUUAGCUAACCUACAAGCACACCAGUCAGUUCACACUGGAGAGUGGCCGUUCAACUGCUUAGAAUGUGGGAAGGGGUUCAUUCGGUCAUCUCAACUGAAGGUACAUCAGUCAGUUCACUCUGGAGAGAGGCCAUUCACCUGCUCAAACUGUGGGAAGGGUUUCACUUUGUCAUCUCAACUGAAGGUACAUCAGCGAGUUCACACUGGGGAGAGGCCGUUCACCUGCUCAGACUGUGGGAAGGGAUUCACACAGUUAUCUGGCCUGCAAGCACACCAGUCAGUUCACACUGGCGAGAGGCCGUUCAACUGCUCAGACUGUGGUAAGGGAUUCACACAGUUAUCUAGCCUGCAAGCACACCAUUCAGUUCACACUGGCGAGAGGCCAUUCACCUGCUCAGUCUGUGGGAAGGGAUUCACUCUAUCAUCUUGCCUACUGACACACCAGUCAGUUCACACUGGAGAGUGGCCAUUCACCUGCUCAGACUGUGGGAAGGGAUUCACUCGGUCAUCUCAACUGAAGGUACAUCAGCGAGUUCACACUGGGGAGAGGCCAUUCACCUGCUUGGACUGUGGGAAGGGAUUCACUUCGUCAUCUCAACUGAAAGUCCAUCAGCGAGUUCACACUGGGGAGAGGCCGUUCACUUGCUCAGACUGUGGGAAGGGAUUCACUCAGUUAGCUACUCUACAAGCACACCACUUAGUUCACACUGGGGAGAGGCCAUUCAACUGCUCAGACUGUGGGAAGGGAUUCACUCGGUCAUCUCAAUUGAAGGUACAUCAGCGAGUACACACUGGGGAGAGGCCAUUCACCUGCUCAGACUGUGGGAAGGGAUUCACACAGUUAGCUGGCCUACAAGCACACCAGUCAGUUCACACUGGGAAGAGGCCGUUCACCUGCAUAUUCUGUGGGAAGGGAUUCACUCAAUCAUCUCAAUUGAAGGUACAUGAGCGAAUUCACACAGGUGAGAGGCCAUUCACCUGCUCAGACUGUGGGAAGGGAUUCACUCGGUCAUCUCGCCUACUGACACACCAGUUAGUUCACACUGGAGAGAGGCCGUUAACCUCCUGUUAAUGUGGGAAUGUAUUCACUCAGUCAUCUAACCUUAUGUAACUCUCACUCCGGCUAGCAGCUUAAUAUAGGGGGUGAUAGCCCCCUAGCUCGGCCAAAUGUGUGUGGAUGCUGCGCCGCGUCCCCUGUUACAAAUCAAUACCCCAAAAUAACAAACAGUACACAAGAUGUGAUUCAUAAUUCUUACUUUGACUAUAUGGUUAGUAAAGUAAAAAAAAGGGCCCACUCUCCCCAUUUGUGGCUUCUCAUCUCUCCACAACAAAAGCCCAUGAAAUUCUCUCAUUCAGACUCACAAGAAAGAACAUUUCUGUCAUUGGAUAGCCCAGCACUACAAAACCCUGUUAUCUCUAGUUGUAUCCUAAACAUUGCUGCUGCAGAGAAACCACUACCUCAGCAGUGAAACAUUACAGAGAGGUCAUUACAUUAGCAGUGAAACCUUACAGUGUGUUACACUUACAACACACUACCGGAUUCACACAGGGGAGAAAGUUUCAAUAAGCUUCAUGCUGGAUAUUUGUCCAUCACCAUUGCUGAAUGCUAUUUUGAGAGUGAUUGUAAGUGUUGAACUCUGCAAUUAUUGCUGCUGCUCACCACACCCAGUUCUGCACCCUGGUCACUGGGCAUGGGAGGAGUUUCUUCUGCUGCAUAUUCACCUUUAAUGGGACUAGAUCUGUGACAAAUGAAUCAGUUCUAUCUUAAGCACUGUCUCUGUUACUUAGUGAAUUUAUAACACACCUAGUGUACAGUAGAGAGUCAACUCAGGCUGGCUGAACCCUGCCAGUGAUUCUGUUCCACAACAGAUCUUUCAAAUCCUCCCCUGUUGUUCACCUCUCACUCUCCCUGGGAUGAGGUCCAAACAGUCAUCACUCUGUGGGUGAAUAUGUUUCCCUUGAAUUUCUUGCAGACUGAAGAAGUCGAGCUGACUGCAGUUCUGUCUGAGAUGUUCUUUGCCCCUCUAAUCUCUGGGCUGAGGAAGAAUGACAUUGGGAGUUAACCUCCUUAAUCACGACUCAUGUCCACAUUAUGGGUCACUUUCCCCACUUCUAAAAUGUUGUUAGCGAACACCACUGUCCUCUAAAGACUGAAAGCAGAGUGGGAAGUCAUCAAUUGGAUUUUCAAUGAAGCUGGGUCAGAAACCAGAGGGAGGUCUGCACAGAGCAGAAUUUGGGGCCCUGGACGAUGUUCGGGGUGAGAACGUAUGAUGAGGAGAGGGGAUUCAGCAACAGGGCAUGUCAACGAAUGACAUUUGGAAGCAGAUUGACAGAGAAAGUAAUUAGGUUAUCUGACUGAUGACACAAACACUACCUGUGGUGAGGUGUUCCACUGGCUGAGGAACAUGUGUGUUAGGAAUGGUUUUAUCUAUUGGGGGAGUUGUUCCUGCUUGUUUAUCCUGUAAUAUUAUAACCAGAUGGAUUGACCUAUCUGAAAUAAUGUAUUGAUGAUCAUAUAAUUUGCAAUAUUUUGGCUCUAAAACUGGAUCAGGCUUGAAUUUAUGGUGUUUUCAUGAGGUGAUGGAGGGCAUUCAUGAGUUUGUAUUUUAAAGCAAGAUUUUGGUGAAAGAUAUUUGCCACUUGAUUGUACCUGCGUAAGUAAUCAGAUUGAGUUAAACUGCUGCAGGAUCCUAGAAUGUGUUGGACUGUGUCUGGUUUCUCUUGGCCUUUUCUGCACUUACUGCCUUGUUUGUUUGUAUUUCAUGAAGUUUCGAUUUGUUUUACUUUUGUUACCCACCUCGUCCUGUAUUUCCGCAAGGAACUCCUCUGUUUCUGGGAAGAAGUCUCCAACUCUCAGUCAGGUGCUCGAUGCUUCCUUGUCACCAUCUCGUCUGCUCAGAUCAUUGGGAUGUCUCCCAUGGAGGGUCAUACACAUUUCACUGGUUAAUGUUUUCAUCCAGAGUGAUGAUUUAUUUUUCUGAGCCAGCUUGUCAUUUAAGUUUUAUGGUCUGUAUUUCUUAUCAUAAUUGCAUAUACACACAUGGAGUCAGUUCAGUUCCUCCGCCAUAUCCUUAUCUCCAUUUACAAUUUCUCCAACAUCAUUUUCUUUCAGUCCUAUAUCUACCUCACCUGUUUUUUUACUCCUUAUAUACUUGAAAAAGAUUUUAGUAUCCUUUUUGAUAUUAUUUGCUAUCUUUCUUUCAUAGUUCUUCUUUUCUCUAUUAAUGACCUUACUUUUCUUUCGUAAGUUUUUAAAAAAAACUUCCCAAUCCUCUGUCUUCACACUAAGUUUUGCUUCCUUGUAUGCCCUCUGCUUUGCUUUUACUUUGGCUUUGACUUCUCUUGUCAGCCACGGUUACAUACUUUAUCCAUUCGAAAACUUAGUUUUCUUUGGAAUAUAUCUGUCUUGCACUUUCCUCACUUCUCGCAUAAACUCCAGCCACUGCUGCUCUGCCGUCCUCCCUGCUAGUGUCCCUUUCCAGUCAACCUUGGCCAGUUCCUCUCUCAUGCUACUGUAAUUUCCUUUACUCCACUGAAAUACUGACACAUCUGAUUUUGGCUUCUCUUUCUCAAAUUUCACAGUGUACUCAAUCAUGUUGUCAUCACUAAGGGUUCCUUCACUUCCAUCUCUCUAAUUACCUCUGUUUCAUCACACAAUACCCAAUCCAGUACAGCGAUCCCCUAGUGGGCUCAACAACAAGCUGUUCUAAAAAGCCAUCUCAUAGACAUUCUAGAAAUUCUCUCUCUUGAGAUCCAGUGCAGAACUGAUUUUCCCAAUCCACUCUUCCAGUAGCGAUCUGAUUUUCCCAAUGAUUUUCCUUGCUUUUGAUCCCCUGUCAAAAGUUCUGCUAAUGUGAAUAGAUCAGCGAGUAAAAGACAACCUGAUUUCCAAAAGGCAUAAAGUUAGAGAUGACACAUUUCUUUAAUAUUUAAGCAAGAUUACAUUUUUAUUUCAAUCUAUUACAGUUUCAAAAUAACAAAAAAAGGAAAAGGGCCAGAAGCAAAUGUUUGGGCGCCCUACAUUUUCAGUAGCACCCCCUUUGGCAAGUAUCACAGCUUGCAGACACUUUUUUUAGCCAGCCAAGAGUCUUUCAAUUCUUGUUUGGGCAAAUUUCUGGGUUCGGACAUUAGUAGCAAUGUACUAACUGUGGAAAUUACAAACCACAAUAUUAUUAGAAUCACAGAGCCAAGCAGCAAUGAAACAGGCCUAUCAGCCCUUCUAGUCAAUGCUGACCUGUUUUUGUUGUUACUGCCCAUUUCCAGCUACCUGCAUCAGAGCCUCCAUACACCUCCCACCCAUGUCCUCACCCAAAUCCCUCUUUAGUGUCUAAAUCAAACCCACAUCCUCCACUUCCACUGGCAGCUCAUUCCAUACUCUCACCAACCUCUUCACCAAAGUGAAGAAUUCCCCUUCAGAUUCCCUGAAAAUAAUUCACUUUCACACGGAACUUAUGUGAAAUGUCAGGACGAGAGAGUGGACGGGGCAGAGAGGGAAGACAGUAAAGGGAGGGGUGGUUGAAUGUGGAGAGGGAAACAGAGCGGAGUGUUUAUACUUAAUAUUUUUUGAGAAAAAUUAAUCGUUUUAACUUGCUGCAAACCUACUCUCCAUAUCCUGUAUAUUCUUAACCAGAUUACUGAUCCAGAUGACAAGUAGCAAUGGUUGAUGUUCAAAGUAAAUUUUAUUAUCAGAGUACAUAACUUUUAUAUAGUCAGAUACCACAUAAAACCAUGAGAUAUCUUUUCCUACAAGAAUACUUAGCAAAUCUUUAGAAUAGUAACAUGAUCGAUGAAAGAUCAAGUAGAGCACAGAAUUCAACCAACUAUGCAAAUCCAAAUAUAAUUAAAUAUCAAUGAAUAAUGAGAGCAAUGGGGUGUAACCCUGAGGAACCUCAUUGGGCUCGGGCCUCGAGUCCAAUAAACAGCCUCCUACCAUCACUCUCUGCUUCCUACCAUCAAGACAACUGUGCAUCCAGUUAACCAGCUCUCCCUGGACCCCGUGUGAUCUAACUUUCGACAGCAACUUACCAUGCUGAACCGUAUGAAAGAACUCACUGAUGCCCAUAUCGGCCACGAUCCUGGGACAGAGAUGUCACCGAUCAGAGGGCAUGGAUUUAAGCAGAGGAUGAAGUGGUUCGGAGGGAUCUGAGGAGGAGAUUUCUCACUCAGAGGGUAGCUGAAAUCUGGAACUCACUGCCCGAGGUGGUGGUGGAGGCAGGUCCCUUCACAACAUUUACGAAGAGGAUGAGCAUUGAAACUGCCGAGAUACAGUCGGCUGUGAACCAAGUGCUGAUAAAUGGGACCAGUGUAGACAGUGAGUGGAUGGUCAGAACAGGUAUGGCCGACCAAAGGCCUGUUUCCGUGCUGUUUGAUCCACCACUCCGGACAUGCUCAAUUAACGAUGGUGGCACCGCAAGGCAUUGAUUGCAAAACUCCACACCCCUCUCCAACCUAAAAUAAUCCAUACUGAACCCCUUUGUCACCAUUGGAAGUAUCUGUUUCUGUCAAGGUCGCAUUGAGAUUGGUCACUUUUGCUAAAUAACUGGCAAUUGAUGAAGUUCCUGUGUCUUCCAUUAAUGUUGCUGCCUUACAGCAAAACUAACCCUCUCACAGUGUCACAAUCAGUGAUUAAAUCCCGCAUCAAACACUGUGCUUUCAACCCUGCACUUGAUCCAUCUCACUGAGGUUCUGUAGACACAAACCCUGCUCUCUGCAUAUGUGAUCACAUCUCCCCUGCUUCUGACAUUUCAAAUACCCUCGGAAUGGUUUUCUGAUUCAGUCUGAAGGUUAUGGUACAUUCAGCUCAUCGUCAGACCUGACAAACCAUGUCUUCCCACAGCUGGUUCCACCUGUUGGUGUGUCCUCUUUCCUCCACCUCCAGGGAAGCUGCAUCUCCACACAAACUCCUCACUUGAGACGACUGUCUAUACCCGUGACAUAGGAAAUCACAUCUCUGUCACUCUAUUCCAGCUGCUACCAUCAUAACAGCAUAAAAGCCAGGACCAACAGGCUCUGGGACAGCUUCUUUCACCAGGCCAUCAGACUGAUGAACUGACGCUGACUUGAAUGUACUCUAUAUUACAUUGUCUGUUUUAAUUAUUAUAAACUCUUAUAAAUUACUAUGAUUGCACUUUGCACAUUUAGAUGGAGACAUACUCCUCAUGAAUGUAUGAAAUAAAGUCAA